AUGUCUGUUUGCUGCCACACACGGCCAUCAAAUGCUGAACGUCUUUUUGCUGUGGAGCUUGCAGUUAUUGACAGACGUGCCCGGAGCCCUUCUGCUUCAAACUCCUCCACAUCUGGCCCAGAUGUAAGACCCAGAAGUCAUGCACAGGGACCCAGCCAUUUUAAUGCCUCUUUCAAUUUGGGCCCAGCCUUGCACACCCCUACUGUUUCAGCACCAACCUAUCACCUCACGGCCCCUCGUGGUAGAGCUUCAGAGGGACCUAAAGCCAAGCUCGACACGUAUGAUGGUAAAGAUGACUGGGACUCCUUCAUCAUUCCUUUUGAGUGCAGAGCUGCUAUUUACAGAUGGAGCGCAGUGGAAAGAGUAGAUAAACUCCAUGAAUGUCUACGGGGAGCUGCUGUCAGAUAUCUUUGCUCAUUACCCGAACACGUACGUGAAGAUUAUUUUCUGCUGAAAGAGCAGCUGGCUUUCCGAUUUGGCCAAAAAGAACCUCCAACCGCAGCACGUCGGAGACUCGGUGAUCUGUGCCAGUCUAAGGAAACAAUCUCAGAGUUCGCAGAAGAGGUUCAGAAACUGGUUGUUUUAUCUUAUCCUGGAGUUGACAUCGACCUCAGGGAUCAAAUUGCUGCUGAUGCUUUUCUUAAGGGACUGCGCAACCAGAAAGUGGCGUAUGAGGUUAUGAACCGUGAUCCUGUGACGCUGGAUGAGGCACUACGGUUAGUUUCAUUUUAUGAGCACAACUUCAAAGCCACACUUGGACGAGAUUUUGAUCAGAGGGGGAGGACACGUCGUGUAUCCUGGGCUGAUGAAAACACUGAUUCUGAUGAAGAGCCACAGACCUUGCAAUCACGUAGAGUGCAGUCUCAGGGCUAUGUGACACAGCACCAGUUGCAGACACUCAUUGACAAAGUUGAUAAGCUCCAGCUAGCCGUAGAGCGGCUGCCUCCUCCUUUUUCUGUGGCUCCCAUUCCUGCUGUGAGACCCACCCACCACAUGAAUUCCAGUAUGGCAACCCAGUCAGAAAGGGGCCGCACAUCUCAGACCCCUUUUAAGCCAAACAGGUACAGACAGCAAAAUAGCAUCCCCACCAGAGCUCCUAGUGGGCCAUGCUUUCUGUGUGGGGAGGAGGGACAUUACAAACGAAACUGCUCACGGUCUCCCAGUCCAUCUGCCAGUCCCCCCAUGAAUACUUGUGCCAGAAUGCAGCCUACAAGUCAAAAUAGUUCAGAAAGCACAGAGCAGAUUCCCUCUAUUGUACAUGUGAGCAGAGCUGAGAGCCGAGGACCCAGUUUGAUGAUCUUUCUUACUGCUGAUGGCGUACCAGUUCAUGCAGUUAUAGACACAGGAGCUGAGGCUACAAUUAUGUCGGAAGAGACAUACAGCAAACUACCUGUUAAAUCUGUUUCAGGACUAAAAAACGUGCAUCUCCGCAAUGCAGAAACUGGAAGAGAGAUGAUAGCAACAGGCGGCGUAAAAGUGGAAUUCAGAAUUGGCACAAAAGUCAUGGAGUGGACAGUUUGCAUUGCACCAAUCUGCGACACCCUGCUUCUGGGUUUGGAUUUCUUAAAAGCUGCUGAUUUCACCAUACAUGCCUCUGGUAAAGUUUUCAUGGGCUCUGAACUCAUUCCAGCCUACAUAUCGGAAGGCAAGGGGCCAGACUAUGCUGUUUCAAGAGCGAUGUUGGAGAGUGACUUCAUUGUGCCGCCAGAGUGUGAAUGUGUAGUUUGGGGUGUGGUGGAUGACCCAAAACCAGAACUCCCUGCUGUUCUAGAGCCUGUUAGCUUGACUGAUGGGGUAUCUUCAGGCAGUGUCAUGAUUAACAUGGAGCAGAGGAUCCCUGUCAGAUUGUGCAACAUCACAGCUUCCAGUAAGUCCUUAUCACAGGGAGCCUGUUUGGGUGUGCUCAUCGAAGCAUAUCCUGACCCUCAAGAAAUUAGCAUGGAGGGAGAGGGGUCCUGCUCAGCUCCACCAAAAGGAGGAGACUCAAUACUACAAGAGCCUAACAAUCAACCUCUAGAUGUGCACCAUGUAAGAAGGGUGUUGCCACCAAAUGCCCUUGACCUCCCAGAACACCUCAAACAGUUGUUCACCUCAGCAAGUGAAAUGCUCACGGAACAGCAACAGCAGAUGUUAUUGGCGCUGCUCAUUGAACAUCAAGCAGUUUUCGCAGCCACUGAGGAUGACCUGGGGAAAUUCUCCUCAUUGAAGCACAGCAUUGACACUGGGGCGUGUAAACCGGUUCGACAGCCAGUGCGACGUACCCCUUUAGGGUUCUGGGAUGAGGAGGAAUCGCAUCUCAAGAAAAUGCUUGACUCAGGUAUUGUGGUUCCCUCAAACUCCGAAUGGGCAUCUCCUAUUGUCCUCGUAAGAAAGAAAGACGGGGGAGUCCUCUGGUGCGUGGAUUACCGCCAGCUCAAUGACCUGACCAUUAAGGAUGCAUAUCCUCUGCCAAAAAUAGAGGAGUGCCUGGAUGUGCUGGGUGGUGCAAAGACAUUCUCGACACUGGACCUUCAAUCAGGAUACUGGCAGAUUGAAAUGAAGCUGGAUGACAGACACAAGACUGCGUUUGCAACAAGGUAUGGGCUUUAUGAGUACACAAGAAUGCCAUUCGGGUUAUGUAAUGCGCCCGGCACAUUCCAGAGGGCCAUGGAGUUGGUUCUACGAGGCUUACAGUGGGACACCUUAUUGAUAUACCUGGAUGACAUAAUAAUUUUUGGUGAGGAUGUAGAGCAGUGUUUUGAGCGCCUUGCAGAGGUUUUUCGGAGGUUGCAGGAAUACGGACUAAAGCUGAAGCCCUCAAAAUGCCAGCUGUUAAGAGACGAAGUCCUGUUCCUUGGUCACGUUGUGAGCAGUGAAGGAAUUAAGACCAAUCCAGCCCUCAUAAAUGAUGUUAGGGAUUGGAAUCCCCCAACCAGUGUCCAGCAACUCCAGUCAUUUCUAGGUCUUUGUAAUUAUUACAGGAGGUUCGUUGCCAAGUUUGCUGAAAUCGCUGCACCCUUGACAAUAUUACUCAAAAAAGGGAGUCACUUCAACUGGGAAGAGGAGCAGAAAAAGGCUUUUGAACGUCUUAAAAGGAGUCUGACAGCCGCACCAAUCUUGGUGUUUCCAAUUACAUCUGGUCAGUUUGUGCUGGACACCGAUGCGUCCAACUAGAGCAUUGGAGCAGUGCUCUCACAGUUACAGUGGGGGAAAGAGAAAGUCAUCUCUUUUGCAAGCUGUGUCCUCACACCGGCCCACCAGAGGUACUGUGUCACUCGUAAAGAGCUCCUUGCAGUUGUUAGAUUUACAAGACAGUUCCGCCACUACUUGUUGGGGUCUAACUUCAUACUGAGGACGGAUCAUUGCAGUCUAACAUGGCUAUACAGGUUUAAGUGACCUGAAGGCCAACUUGCUAGGUGGCUUGAAGAACUCAGCCAGUACAACUUUGUCAUUGAGCACAGGCCAGGUUCACACCACGGCAAUGCGGAUGCGUUGUCUCGAAAGACUCUGGAUGAGGAAUCUUGUGACUGUUAUCAAGCAGGAAAAGAGCUGGAUAGUUUGCCGUGCAAGGGCUGUCGUUUCUGUCAGAAGCUCCACCAUCAAUGGGCCAGAUUUGAGGAAGAUGUUGAUGAUGUUAUUGCCUUGGCGGUAAGACGCACACACUCCCUAAACUGUGAGAAUGAUGGUAGCUGCACUAACACUACUAGUGAUGGUAAUGAAGUAGAUGAUGAUAACCCAUGUCCUUCCGUAAACUGGCUGCAACCGCUGAAUCUCGAGAGUCUCAGGGAAGAACAGUUAGCUGAUCCAGACCUUUCAAUCCUCCAUAAAUGGAUGUCUGAUAGUUCUUUGCCUGCAAAAGAAGAGGUCAUGAUGCAGAGUCCAGCGGUUCGCAAGUACUGGCUGUGUUGGCCUCAAGUGGAAAUGCGAGAGCGGAUCCUCUAUUAUCGAUGGAGUGUUAUUGGAGGUAUGUCAUCAUUGCGCUUGCUUGUUCCUGUUUCCCUGAAGAAUGAAGUUCUCCAAGCCUGUCACAACCCCGCACAAGCAGGUCAUGCAGGGGAGGAGAGGACACUCAUGCGCAUACGCAGAUAUUACCACUGGUACAAUAUGGCAAACGAGGUGCGCCUUUUCGUGAAAAAGUGCCCACAGUGUAGCUCCUGCAAGACAGCUGGAGCAAAGGGGAGGGACAAGCUCCAGAACUAUCAAGCUGGCACGCCUAUGGACCGACUUCACCUUGAUGUCCUAGGACCAUUCCCAGAAUCCAAGUCCGGUAACAGAUACAUCCUCAUGAUCAUCGACCAGUUUACCCGCUGGGCGUUCCCUGUCCCCGAACAAGGAGCUGAGACAACAGCCAAGAGGUUGGUGUUUGACUUCAUCUCUCGCAUCGGGACUCCCCUUGAAAUUCACACAGAUCAAGGACGAAACUUUGAGAGUUUGGUGUUCACUGAGGUUUGUCGCCUGUUGCAAGUCACCAAGACCCGUACGACACCGUAUCAUCUAGCUUCGAACGGGCAGGUCGAAAGAUUCAACAGAACACUAUUGCAGAUGAUGCGCUGUUAUGUGGACCAAAACCAGCGAAAUUGGGAUGAACAUCUUCCUUUACUCACUGCAGCUUAUAGAAGCACUGUCCAUUCAGCAACAGGUUUCACACCAAAUCAGCUAAUGCUGGGGCGAGAAGUUUUCCAGGCGCAUGACGUCUGGCUGAGGACAGCUGAAGUUACCAGAGAUGCUAAAGCCACACCUGAAUUUGUUCAAAAACUUCAAGAUAACCUGCAGCAGGCUCAUCAAGUGGCACGCCAAAACUUACACUCAGCUCAGACCCGUCAGAAGAAGGUCUAUGACUUACGAGCCAGAGAGAAGUCUUACCAAGUGGUUGACCUUUUGUUUGUAAGAGUCAGUAGCAGAAGAAAAGGGUAUAGUCCAAAACUCCAAGUGCCAUGGCAAGGGCCGUUCGUUGUCACAGCGUGCCUUGGACCAGUCCUCUACCAGGUCAGAGAUAGGAGAUAUGAGAAGGUGCUACAUCACGACCGUUUGCAACCCUAUCUAAGUGACCAUGUACCUGUUUGGAUGCAGCGCCUGCGACGAAAAUACACUGGCACCGAGGAAGGUUCUCUAAUUCCACCCACUGCUGCAGUUAUGGAAGCAGAAGUGCCAACCCCUUCACCCGCUGAUAACUCUGCAAUGGAGGAGCCUCAGACCCUUCUCACAACGGACUCUAGCUGUGGAAAACAAGGGAUGAAGACCAAAAGUGGUCGACCGGUUCGAGCCCCCUGUCGUUACAUGGACUGA